UUAACAAACAUGGACGACGACAAACGAUUCACAUGUUCCGAGUGCAAUAAAACUUUUAAAAAGAGGAGUCGACUUGAAAUACAUUCACGGUCGCACACAGGAGAGAGGCCCUAUGUAUGUGAUUUUGAAGGCUGUAACAACAGCUACAAAAGAGUUGACCACUUGCGCAGACAUGAAUACACAACUCAUAAACCGCAGAAUGCUGUAGAUAUAAGGUGUGAAGAGAGUGACUGUGAGGCACAAUUCUCAUCUUGGGACAAUUUGAACAAGCACAUUAAACGCUGCCAUGAAAAACAGGUUUACACGUGUCACAUUGCUGGAUGUAAAGCAGAGUUCAGGAAACAUCGCCUGCUGAAGGAACACAAGUUGGAGGUGCAUUCCCAGGGAGCCAAGUAUCUGUGCCAGGAGCCAGGCUGUGGGAAGUCAUUUAGUCUGGGGCACCAGUACAGGAGGCACAUGAAGACACAUGAAGGUUACAUAUGCUCAGAGUGCAAUGAGAAGUUUGACAAAUGGUCACUACUGCUGAAGCAUAGGAAACGUCAACACCUCAAGAGUUGUGUUCACAGAUGUGACAAAUGCCAGAAAUCAUUCGCACAGAAACAGUGGCUGACACAGCAUAUGGUCGUGCACGAGGCCUUUCGUACGGUGGUUGUCUGCCCAUAUGAGAACUGCAAUCGUGAAUACCUCGAUCAGCGUAACCUUAAUGCACAUGUGCGCAGCUAUCACGAGGGAAAGAAGUUCAGCUGUGAUCAUGAUGGAUGCAAUCGCUCAUUUGCCACUAAGCAAAAGCUCCAGCUACACCAGAAUAUUCAUGACCCUAACAGACCACUGCCAAAGAAACCAAAACCGAAAACAACAGCUGCAAAACUAACUGGUAUAAGGAAUUGUUCUCAUAAUACUAAUGCAAGUUGCAGUCAGGCCUCGUUAAGUUCACCGGUACGAGAAGACAGAAUAGACCUUCAUGACAUAGACCAGCUACAUGAAUUAUCUGACCUUCAGGCUGCACAGGCAGGGAAAGAUGGAGUGGUUGUGAAUAGUUAUGGCUUGAAAGAGAUAUACAGGACCUCGGAGGAAAUGAUGGACACUAUUUAUGAAGAGGCGAGUAAAAAAGCCAAACUGCUUCAGACUGCAAUAAAUGAAGAAGAGCAAACUGUAAAAGAACUCAACCAAAGUUCUGGGAAUACCGAUCUAGAUUAAUAAAUUACCCAUUUGUCAAUCAUGUGUACUGAUUUGAAUUCAUAAAUGGCCCAUUGGUCAUGCAUGUUGAAUUCAUAAAUCACCCAUUUGUCAUGCAUGUUGAAGGUUACAUUACACUUAAUCAUUUUGUAUCCCUCCUUGGUCCAUUCCAUUUCGAAAGUAGUGCCUACAUGUAUUUAUAAAGAGUUCCUUUUCUCGUUUGGCUUAAAAGUGAUUUAGCGAUCACACCUGUGCUUUUUUCCUUCAUCAUAUUUGUUUCUGCAAUAUUUUGGUGUAUUCAUUGGGUAUUGCAAUUAAAUUUGAACCUUAUGGGUGCAUUUACUGUAUUGAAGUACGAGGCUUUUGUUGAAACUUUAGAAACUCUGUUUACCAAGGAUGCUUGCCUUUGGGCAAAGUUGCGAAACCACAUAUAUUUGAAUGCAUUAAUUGAAAGAGGACAGAUUUAUCUGUAAAAUGAUACAGGUCUUGCAAAAUUUGAUAUAUAGGUAAUAAUUAUUAGAAACAUGCCUUGAAAGUUGCAGUUUCAUAAUUGGAUCCUACGUGAAAUGUUAUUAGUGUAAUAUAAUCUUGAAUUUAUAAAUUUCCCAUGUGUGAUGCAUGCUGAAUUCAUUAAUUGCACAUUUGUCAUGCAUGUUGAAUACAUUAAUCAACCAUUUUUCAUGAUUGUUAAAUUUCUGUAUCACCCAUUUGUCAUGCAUGUUGAAAUAAAUCACCCAUUUGUCAUGCAUAUUGAAUCUUAAAUCAAUCAUUUGUCAUGCAUGUUGAAUUCAUUUAAAAAUUACCCAUUUGUCAUGCAUGUUGAAUUCAUUAAUAAAUUACCCAUUUGUCAUGCAUGUGGAAUAUAUUCAUAAAAUACUCAUUUGUCAUGCAUAUUGAAUUCUUUCAUAAAUUACCCAUUUGUCAUUCAUGUUGAAUUCAUUUAUGAAUUACCCAUAUGUCAUGCAUGUUGAAUUCAGCAAUCACCCAUCUGUCAUGCAUGUUGAAUUCAGCAAUCAAUCACCCAUUUGUCAUGAAUGUUGAAGUCAGCAAUCGCCCAUUUGUCAUGCAUGUUGAAUUCUUCAAGCACCCAUAUGUCAUGCAUGUUGAAUUCAGUAAUCACCCAUUUGUCAUUCAUGUUGAAUUCAUUUAUGAAUCACCCAUUUGUCGUGCAUGUUGAAUUCAGCAAUCACCCAUUUGUCAUGCAUGUUGAAUUCAGUUAUCACCCAUUUGUCAUGCAUGUUGAAUUCAGCAUUCACCCAUUUGUCAUGCAUGUUGAAUUCAGCAAUCACCCGUUUGUCUGACAUGUGUACUGAUCUGAAUUCAUAUCUUACUUAUUAUCCCCCGCCAUAGGCGGAGGGAUAUUGUUUUGGCGUUGUCCGUCCAUCUGUCUGUGCCUUAUCUUGGAAGUGCUUUUGAGGAUUUCAUUGAAACUUGGUAUGAGUAUAUAUAUAUAUGGAUAAGAGGAUGAUGCAUGCCAAAUGGCAUUGUACACCAUCUGUUUAUAACGUUGUAAUGGCCCUUUGUAUCUUGAAAAAAUGCUUUUUUUGUGUCCGGAGCCAUAUCUUGAAAGUGCUUUGACGAAUUUCAUUGAAACUUGGUAUGAUUUUAUAUAUAUGGAUAAUAACAGAGUUAUGGCCCUUUGUAUUUUGAAAAAAUGCUUUUUUGUGUUUCCGGAGCCAUAUCUAGGAAAUGCUUUGACUGAUUUCAUUGAAACUUGCUAGGAGUAUAGAUAAGAGGAUGAUGCACAUUGGCAUUGUCCAUCCGUCCAGACAACUUUUUAUGUCUAGAAUUAUAUUGGCGGGGGAUAUCAAUUCAACAAAUUUGCUUGUUAUGCCCCCCUUCUAAGAAGAGGGGGUAUCUUGCUUUGCUCAUGUCGGUCGGUCGGUCCACCAGGUGGUUUCCGGAUGAUAACUCAAGAACGCUUGGGCCUAGGAUCAUGAAACUUCAUAGGAACAUUGAUCAUGACUCGCAGAUGACCCCUUUUGAUUUUGAGGUCACAGGUCAAGGUGACCCGAAAUAGUAAAAUGGUUUCCGAAUGAUAACUCAAUAACGCUUAUGCCUAGGAUCAUGAAACUUAAUAGGUAGAUUGAUCAGGACUCGCAGAUGACCCCUAUUGAUUUUCAGGUCACUAGGUCAAAGGUCAAGGUCACGGUGACCCGAAAUAGUAAAAUGGUUUCCGGAUGAUAACUCAAGAAUGCUUAUGCCUAGAAUCAUGAAACUUCAUAGGUAGAUUGAUAAUGACUGGCAGAUGACCCCUAUUGAUUUUCAGGUCACUAGGUCAAAGGUCAAGGUCACGGUGACCCGAAAUAGUAAAAUGGUUUCCGGAUGAUAACUCAAGAACGCUUAUGCCUAGAAUCAUGAAGCUUCAUAGGUAGAUUGAUAAUGACUGGCAGAUGACCCCUAUUGAUUUUCAGGUCACUAGGUCAAAGGUCAAGGUGACCCGAAAUAGUAAAAUGGUUUCCGGAUGAUAACUCAAGAACGCUUAUGCCUAGUAUCAUGAAACUUGAUAGGUAGAUUGAUAAUGACUCGCAGAUGACCCUUAUUGAUUUUCAGGUCACUAGGUCAAAGGUCACGGUGACCCGAAAUAGUAAAAUGGUUUCCGGAUGAUAACUCAAGAACGCUUAUGCCUAGGAUCAUGAAACUUGAUAGGUAGAUUGAUAAUGACUCGCAGAUGACCCUUAUUGAUUUUCAGGUCACUAGGUCAAAGGUCAAGGUCACGGUGAUCCGAAAUAGUAAAAUGGUUUCCGGAUGAUGACUCAAUAACGCUUAUGCCUAGGAUCAUGAAACUUGAUAGGUAGAUUGAUCAGGACUCGCAGAUGACCCCUAUUGAUUUUCAGGUCACUAGGUCAAAGGUCAAGGUCAUGGUAACCCGAAAUAGUAAAAUGGUUUCUGGAUGAUAACUCAAGAACGCUUAUGCCUAGAAUCAUGAAACUUCAUAGGUAGAUUGAUAAUGACUGGCAGAUGACCCCUAUUGAUUUUCAGGUCACUAGGUCAAAGUGACCCGAAAUAGUAAAAUGGUUUCCGGAUGAUAACUCAAGAACGCUUAUGCCUAGGAUCAUGAAACUUGAUAGGUAGAUUGAUAAUGACUCGCAGAUGACCCUUAUUGAUUUUCAGGUCACUAGGUCAAGGUCACGGUGACCCGAAAUAGUAAAAUGGUUUCCAGAUGAUAACUCAAGAACGCUUAUGCCUAGGAUCAUGAAACUUGAUAGGUAGAUUGAUAAUGACUCGCAGAUGACCCUUAUUGAUUUUCAGGUCAAAGGUCAAGGUCACGGUGAUCCGAAAUAGUAAAAUGGUUUCCGGAUGAUGACUCAAUAACGCUUAUGCCUAAUAUCAUGAAACUUGAUAGGUAGAUUGAUCAUGACUCGCAGUUGACCCUUAUUGAUUUUCAGGUCACUAUAUCAAAGGUCAAGGUCACAGUGACCCGAAAUAGUAAAAUGGUUUCCGGAUGAUAACUCAAGAAUGCUUUUGACUACGAUCAUGAAACUUCAUAGGUACAUUGAUCAUGACUGGCAGAUGACCCCUAGAAGAUUUUCAGGUCACUAGGUCAAAGGUCAAGGUCAUGGUGACCAGAAAUAGUAAAAUGGUUUCCAGAUGAUAACUCAAGAACCCUUAGGCCUAGGAUCAUGAAACUUCAUAGGUAUAUUGAUCAUGACUUGCAGAUGACCCCUAUUGAUUUUGAGGUCACUAGGUCAAAGGUCAAGGUCAUGGUGACCCGAAAUAGUAACAUGGUUUCCUGAUGAUAACUCAAGAACGCUUAUGCUAAGGAUCAUGAAACUUCAUAGGUACAUUGAUCAUGACUCGCAGAUGACCCCUAUCGAUUUUCAGGUCACUAGGUCAAAGGUAAAGGUCACAGUGACAAAAAACAUAUUCACACAAUGGCUGUCACUACAACGUAGAGCCCAUAUGGGGGGCAUGCAUGUUUUACAAACAGCCCUUGUUUAUCUUACAGAUGUACAGAGUAGUUUCUUUAAUCACUUGUGCGUCAUUAAUGUGAUGUGAUUUCAGUUCAUACAUAACUUAUUUUUCAUGCAUGUGUGCUGAUAUAAAUAGAGUAUUGAUCUGAUUUGCAUGCAAGAGCUCAUUUAUAUAUAUUUAUAUAUAUAUAUAUAUUAUUAUUAUGCAAUCAUGGCAUUCAUUUUAUUUUGUUACACAACCGGUGCUCUUCUCAACAGGAUUGACAUAGUGAGUUGUUUAAGAUUUAUGUACGGAGAGUUUGUUUGAAGACUAAAUUAGUUGGCUGUUGUUUCAUAUUAUUGUAUUUGUUUGUAAUAAAGAGAUUAUAUUGCAA